CGCGCGGGUGGGAAGCUGGAAGUUUUGCCUCUCACGCAGACCUUCUCCACUAACAAAACUUUCUGCUGGGAACACCUGGAGAUAACCCCCAUCCCCUCCCUCGCUUCCUCCUAAGGCUUGGGACGGUCCCUACACUUUGCUGGGAGAGCGGAUGUGGAGCCCAGUUAGGGAGCAGAGCUUUCUUCUUAACCCUUUACACAUCCUUCUCUCCUUUGCUCUCUUCCCAGGUUGCUUCUGUGGGGUUUGGUGUUUUUACAGCAAAGUGCUGUUUCUCAUUAGCUAGUGUUCACGCAACUGAUAUUUUUAAAGUUGAACAACAUACAACGCUUGGGACGUGGUGAUGUCAGGUCAUUUUGUCCUGCAGGGGUUUUCUGCGGUCUUUGGAAACCUGUCUGCAUUCCACCUGCUUAAUCUCAGCUUAUCUGGCUCUCCCUGAAUGUCCUGCUUUUCUGGAAAACCUUCCUGCUGUAUAACCGAGGGCCAGAGUAUCACUACCUCCACCAGAUGCUGGGGCUAGGAUUGUGCCUAAGCAGAGCCUCCGCAUCUGUUCUUAACCUCAACUGCAGCCUUAUCCUCCUACCCAUGUGCCGGACACUCCUGGCUUACCUUCGAGGAUCCCAGAAGGUUCCAAGCAGGAGAACCAGAAGACUGUUGGAUAAAAGUAGAACAUUCCAUAUAACCUGUGGUGUUACUAUCUGUAUUUUUUCAGGUGUGCACGUGGCUGCCCACCUGGUGAACGCCCUCAACUUCUCCGUGAACUAUCGCGAGGAUUUCGUUGAACUGAAUGCCGCCAGAUACCGAGACGAGGAUCCCAGAAAACUUCUCUUCACAACUGUUCCUGGCCUGACAGGGGUCUGCAUGGUAUUGGUGCUAUUCCUGAUGAUUACAGCUUCAACAUAUGCCAUACGAGUUUCUAACUAUGACAUCUUCUGGUAUACUCAUAAUCUCUUCUUUGUCUUCUACAUGCUGCUGAUGUUACAUGUUUCAGGAGGGCUGCUGAAGUAUCAGACUAAUUUAGAUACCCACCCUCCUGGCUGCAUCAAUCUUAAUGGAACGCACUACCAGGAUGUCCACUUAGCAGAGUAUCUUCCAGAACAUGUUCAUGAAUCUGUCCCUGGAGGAUUUUCAGAACCAGACGAGCUUACCCAGCGCACAUUUGUGAAGAUCUGCAUGGAAGAGCCCAGGUUCCAAGCUAACUUUCCGCAGACCUGGCUUUGGAUUUCUGGACCUUUGUGCCUGUAUUGUGCCGAAAGACUUUAUAGGUGUAUCCGGAGCAAUAAACCAGUCACCAUCAUUUCGGUCAUAAGUCAUCCCUCAGAUGUCAUGGAAAUCCGAAUGGUCAAAGAAAAUUUUAAAGCAAGACCUGGUCAGUAUAUUAUUCUACAUUGUCCCAGUGUGUCUGCGUUAGAAAACCAUCCAUUUACCCUCACAAUGUGUCCUACUGAAACCAAAGCAACAUUUGGGGUCCACCUUAAAAUAGUAGGAGACUGGACAGAACGAUUUCGAGAUUUACUGCUUCCUCCAUCCAGUCAAGACUCUGAGAUUCUGCCCUUCAUUCAAUCUAGACAGUAUCCCAAGCUAUACAUUGAUGGUCCCUUUGGAAGCCCCUUUGAGGAAUCCCUGAACUAUGAGGUUAGCCUCUGCGUGGCUGGAGGCAUUGGAGUAACUCCAUUUGCGUCAAUACUCAACACCCUGCUGGAUGACUGGAAACCGUACAAGCUUAGAAGACUGUAUUUUAUCUGGGUCUGCAGAGACAUCCAGUCCUUCCGGUGGUUUGCAGACUUACUCUGUGUGUUGCAUAACAAGUUUUGGCAAGAGAACAGACCUGACUAUGUCAACAUCCAGCUGUACCUCAGUCAGACAGAUGGGCUACAGAAGAUAAUUGGAGAAAAAUAUCCUGCACUGAAUUCAAGACUUUUUAUUGGACGUCCUCGGUGGAAACUUCUGUUUGAUGAAAUAGCAAAAUGUAACAGAGGGAAAACAGUUGGCGUUUUUUGCUGUGGACCAAAUUCAAUUUCUAAGACGCUUCAUAAGCUAAGUAACCAAAACAAUUCAUAUGGGACAAGAUUUGAAUACAAUAAAGAAUCUUUCAGCUGAAAACCUUUGAGAUGAAGCAGGACUCUAAGGAAGGAAUGAGUGCAAUUUUUAAGCCUUUUUGAAAUGCAGCUGAAUCAAACAGCUGUGUCAUGCCAAAGAAUAGCAAGGCUUUCUUAUUUAUGAUUAUUUAAAAUGGAAAUGCAGAGAAUGUGGCAAGAUGACACAUCACAUUUUGUGUUUGAUCUGGAAACCAAAGAGGCCCUGAAGAAUAGUUGAUGUGAUUAUUCACUUUUCACUGCUCAAAUUAAAAGAAAACUAUUAGAUGCACACUGUUGAUUUUUACGGCAGAUUCAAGAACCCCUAGAGAGGAGCUGCACUUGCUCACUGUGAGGCUGAUAGCCUUGGUCCUCUUUAAAUUGUUUUUGGUUGAACAAAUGCAAGAUUGAACAAAAUUAAAAAUUCAUUGAAACGCAGAUUACAUUUUCUACGUGAGUAUAAACAGAGAAACUUUGAUUUAGAAAAGCUCCAGGCAAAUAUAUUAGAUGUUUGAAAAUACAGCACAGGACUCUGUAUUGAUACGGGUACUUUGUGUCAAUAUCUCAUCUUGCUCACUACUGAUGCUAAUACCCCUCUACUGGGUAUCUAUCGCUUUUAUGCACCAUGAACCUUGUGCAGAUGUUGAUACAUCUAUUUUUUAUAUAUUUCUUUCUUCUUUAUUCCUGUGUCGUGGGAAAUCUGCCCUCCCUUGGCAUGUGUUAGACACAGUGAUUCAAUCAGUCCUCAUCCCGAAUGUAUUUAAUCAAUUACUCUUGCUUUGUAAUGAGGAAAAUAUCAUUAUCCUAAAUUAUAAAGGGACAUAUAGACUAGUUGCUUUUUUCCUUUUUCAGCAUUUUGGCCUCUAUUAUUUUUAUUUACAAUUUUUUUCCCCAGUGCAGUUUAGCUUAGUGGUUGGCCUCUUAAGGUGCUUUUAGUUUGCACUUGGAAGACCCAACGGUGUUGUGUCUGUCAGUGGUCACUGACAUAUAAGUUCUCUCGCUUUUUGUCACACAUGGGGUUAUGCUGGAGGCAUUGAAAACGGAGUCACAUCUCUCUAGAGGAAACCUGUAUUUUACUUUUUACACAAGAGGAAAUACUUUAUUGGUCAUUGAAAUUUAUUUAAGUGUAGAAUCAAGAUUAUUAUUGUUGCACUGUCUUGUUAUUCUGGAUAAAGAAUUGCUGAGUUUCAGGUCCCUGUUGGGACUGUGUGAUCCUAUUGGUUUUCACUCCGGGCCAUUAUAUUCUCAGCUCAGAGGAAAAAUCCACUUCACUACCUUUUAAGAAUUAAGGCAUUUUCUUUUUACAAUGUAGUGAUUUUCUUUUGUGGACAUCUAUCAACUAUCCAAUAUAGCACAUUGCUGGGAUCAGCAGCAUAGCUUGUCUUGCCUUUGUUAAAAUUGUGCAUGAUAUAACAUAACAUGAUAGAUGCACCUGUCAUUUUUUGCUCUGAUUCACCAAUAGCAAUGGAGCAUGUUAAACCAUCUAACAUUAAACGCCCAUAAACAUAUUACUUACAGCUAUUUCUUCCUUGCCCUGGAACUCUUUCUUCUUCUGUGGAAGGAAAGUGAGUCAGAAAAAGAUACGGGAAAUGUGCAAUGUUCCUGCAGAUUUAGCUCUGAAAGCAUAUUUAAUAACCAGUACAUCUUGGCAACCCUUUCUAAAAUAAAAAAAUUUUUAUAAAAAACACAUAACAGAAAGAACUUAAAAAGGAACGAGUUAGUACAGGCUCGACAUGCAAUUUACUGACUCUUUACUAAUUAUAAUUUAUUAUGUGAUUAUACUAAUACACCUAAUUUCAGUAAAACUGGUGGAAGAUUUUUCCAGAAGAUUGAUCUUUCCAAGUAGCUUGGCUAUGCUAGAUGAGCCUCUUUGCUUAUUUUAAAUUCCAACUGAUGUUCAAACAUUCAGUGUUAACAUAGGCAAUUCUUGCUUCAGUAGGUAGGCAUGAAACGCAGACUUCAUCAUACGUGUGUAAGAGAGCUUUUUGUUUCGUUUGGAGGGAUUCUUUCUCCGGGCUAAUUCUUGUCAGUCAGACAGUAAUUGUAAUGGCAAUAAAUGUUAAAAUUGAAAUGGUAGCCUUGAAAUCGCUAUAAACUUACUUUACAUUUGCAACAAAUAAAGCAGGCAGAGUUUCUUCAUAAGAUGACCCAAGUUUAAGAAACUUAUGUAACCUAUUCAAGUGUGCACCAGCAUGAGCAGACGUGGGAUUGGGGUUCUGGACUGUCAGUGUUGCUGGCUAGUGGCGUGACUAUGGCAAAUUGCUUCUCUCUCUGGGAUUAAGAUUUCUCAUUUGGACUAGAUCAGUAGUUAUUAGUUCUUUUUAAAUAAUGUAUCUUUGUGAGAACCUGACCAAAAAUUAAUAUUAUGACACAUCUAUAAAAUAUUACACACAGUUUUGGGGAACCCACAAUCUCCAAAAGCAAAGACCCUUUUUUAAGAGCCUCUGAACAAAAUCAACAUCGCGAUAGAUUUUUUAAACCUGUGAUUUUUCUCUGAUUUUUUGGAAGAAACUCACUUUUAAUAGUAGGUUUAUACUAAAAAAUGAACUAUGUGGACAAAGGAAAGGAAAUUCUGUUUAUAUGUUCCCAAACAGAGAACCCAAUAGACUCUUCCAUUCAGUUUUUUGUUCAUUGGUUUGUUUUUUGGCCGCCCCAGCAGCCUAUGGAACAGUACAGCAGGUAAUGGAUUUAAACUAUAAGGCAUUGUCAGAGAGGCUUGCUGGAAGCAAAUAGGCCAGGGUUGUCUUCAAUAAAUAAUGUUGGUACUAAAGAAUGUUCAUUAUAUUUAAGAGAAAAAACUUUAAGAAAAAAGUUUUUUUUUUUUUCUUUCCCCAAUAAGGAUGGUUAACUCAGCUGAACAGUGAUUUUUUCUAAACAAACAUGACACCCAUUUGAAACUUCUGCUCAUGAUCAAUAAAUCCCUUUCCCUGUUCCUAUCCAGUUACAGAAACAUAAAAUGCUGAAGUUUGGAGUCCUCUUAUUUUACAGUUGAGGAAUCUGAGGCCCAAAGGGAGAUAGAAACUUCAAGUCAUCCACUGAGGUUGUCACGAUGUGGAAACUGGAGUCCAGCUUUUCUGAUCUCUGCUAUGAAAGUCACUUCCCCCCUCUCCCCGUGACAUAUACAUCUAAUAAGUCACAUCUCUUAGUCUGAAAUUCCCUUAUAAACUUUCUUUAGUGCUAGGUGGAAAAUAACACGGGAAUGUUAAUUCCAGAUUCAGAUACAGAAAACCACAGUCUUGGAGUCCCUGUCUUGGAUACUAGUGGGGAAAUGCACCCCACUAGUAUCCAUGAGAAUGUGGGUUUUGAUCCCUGGCUCCACUCAGUGGGUUGAAGAUCCGGUAUUGCCCCAGCUUCCACAUAGUUCACAGGCAAGGCUUGGAUCUGGCAUUGCUAUAGCUGUGAUGUAGGCUGGCAUCUACAGCUCCGAUUCGACCCCUAGCCUGGGAACUUCCGUAUGCUGCACUUGAGGCCCUAAAAAGGGAAAAAAGAAAAAAAAUCAUCAUCUUUUUUCCUGUAUAUUUUCUGAUUCUAAAUUUGUUAGUCCGUUUUGCUUAUGAGAACCUAUCUCCAGAUAGCAGUUUUAAAAUCUGACAAUUGUGGUAGAGAGAUUAUGUCUUCUAGGAAGUUUUUAAGGAAAUAUACAUAAUACUAGAGUUUCUGGGAAAUGUUAAUGUUGUAAUUUUAAAUUUAAAUUCAUAGAAAUCCUAACCUCACCGGCUUUCUAACCACCCAGGGAAAUGUUGAUAUUAAAACAAACGACCCUUCUUCUCUACUGCGUGCCCCUAACAUGCUUCUUGUUCCGGAGAAGAGAGUCAGCUUUUUUGUAAACUCAUGAGACAGGAAAUAAAUGAAAUCAAGCAUAAUGAGACCAGCAUUUACUUCAACUCCCACAGAACCAUGAGACCACGCCGUUUCCUUCUGUCUAAAUCUCCCCUCCAUUACCUCAACGUCUUUAUUUCAUUCUGUAGUAUUCUCAAAGGACAGAGUUGCAAAAGCUGGCUAGAGGAGGUUUUCCAAAGAAAGAAGCAGAUUUCCACUACUGACAAAGAAGGGUCCAUUAAGGCAGAAGAGAAAAAAGACCAUGCGAAUCACUUGAGGUCAGCAAGAGAGUUAAGCAAUGUUGUUUUGGAACAGACAUCAGUAAUUUUUUUUGACGCGAGUAUACAGAAUUUUAUUUUCUCCCAUACAAACGUUUGAUGUUCAUAGAUUCUAAAAAAUAGAUUUUUUAAUUUUAUUAUAACACUGUAGCACUGUCCCUGGUCAUCUAAACGCAGUGUUAAAGCUACAGUGUAAGAACUGGUAAGGGCAAGACAUGCUUCAUGGGAGCAAAACCAGGAAGGAAAAAAGGGGAGUCAAAGAAAGAAACAUUACUGAACAGAUCAGGACACGUCAAGGCAUUUUUUUUAUAGCGGAGAUGAAAAUCCGCGGCAAUACUAGCUAGUCCUCUGCGUGGGGCAAAUGUGAAGAAUGUAGUGUUUGUUUUUAGGAAUCCUUUCACACUUUCACUGCUGCUAGAAUUUUAGCAGAAGCUUUACUUUUGAUCAGAAUUCUAUCUGGCUUCUAUAAGAAUUAGAGCUUUGAUGAGCUGCUGCUUGACCUAGAGACAAUCCCAACAUUUAGAUGAGAACCAGAACCACGGAAAUGUUCCAGUAUAUGUGGCCAUAAAGAGGGGGAGGCCGCCAUGCAUUGCUUCAACCGCAGAUGCUGAAUGUUGACGUUCCCUCAUUGCAAGGUCAUAUUUCUCAGCUCUUUUGUCCUUCCUCCCAGGGAAGGAAACCUUCCUAACUACACAGAUACUGAGGGAGAGAAUCUCUCUGGUGUAUCAUAACAGCUUCUCUGUUCACCUGUAUCAGCGCAUGCAUCUGAACCUAGUUAUCAUUUUUAGGAUGAUCAUAUAAUUCAUUUUAGUGGUGAGGGAUAUCCACAAGGCCUGCUUUAAAAAAAAAAAAAAGAAAGAAAGAAAGAAAAGAAAAACUGGCAGCCAAUCCAUUGGCUAGGGAGAAAGCAGUUAAAUCUUCUUCCAGAACCUCCGCUCCAGCUGAGCCUUAAGGAAUGUAAAAUACCUCACCACAUACAUGUGGGAACGUGACCCGCGUUGCAUUCCAUGCUCAGCAUUAGAUGUGCUGCACAGUUUAUUCUUCAGACUCCCAGGGACUAUCCAGGUCAGGAGAAUACCAGCUCUGGAUCAGCUGGGCACCUUUAAUCACAUUCUGGAUACCCAGUAGGAGCAAUUACAUCCUUAUUUGAAGAUGUAAUUGAAGGUGGUGAUUAUCUGCUUACCAAAUGAUUUUAGCAGGAAACUGUUUUCUUCUCUUUUCACUAAAAUGUCAUUUAAACUCAGAGUUGGGAAAAGUAGGUGUCACUUUAAAAAGUGAGAAUAAUUGGUGGCACUUCUCUUCUUCCUCGAGUGUGCUGAUUUCAUCAUUUUAUUCAGGCACCUCCAGGGUGUGGGGCGAACAGGAUGCUGGGUUAGAAGUCAGGAGACUUGUAGCCUGAAAAGUAUCAGGCUCUGGUAUAAAAAUAGGAAUAAUAUCUACCUCCGCUAAACCUACAGGGAUGCAGUGGGUAAGAACGUGGGGGAGAGGAGGAAAGGAUGGUGAAGAAAAAUAUAUCUCUUGGGCAAAUCUUUCUUAAUAGACUUUUGAUGGCACAGUCAAAAUAAAACACUAAGAAAGUAUAAACACAGGCUCUUGUGAGUUACAGUCCCUUGUAACUGAAAGAAUCAGUAUUUGUAUUUUCUGGGCAAGUAAAAAAGUACCCUCAAGCAACUCAGCACCCAAUCUCUCUUUGUUCUUCUGAGAUUCCUGUAAGUAAAGUUACCUGUUUGUCCAGUAUCAGUGCCUUCAGAGUUCCUCUGAACUAUUUUUUUGGUCAGCCCCAAUGUGGCGAGAGAUGGCUAUAUUGAUCUAUGCCAUCUGAGCUAGGAAUUGCUAGAGGGCGAUAGAAGUUACCUACUUAGUUAUGAUGUGAUGGAAAAAAAAACAAAACAAAACAGCAGAUGUUCUUGAGACAUCCUACUGAAUUAAAACCAAGGCCUUUAUCUUUGAACUAGAAGUAAUUCUAAAAUAGAAAAAAAGCACUGCAUUUUAUUUCCUAGAUGGAAAUAAAAUAAAUUUAUCUUUUUCUUAUUCUUAACAAAGAUGCUUCAUAUUAUAUAUUUUCCUCAAAGCCUACCUUAUUUUGUAGAUAUUUAUAUUUCAAUUAUGUAUGUGUAAGGGUGAGAGAUUAUGUUUAUGAAGGACGGAAGGAAAAAUUGCCUAUAUGAAAUGACAUUCUGCAGUUGUGUAUAAUGAUACUUUCCAACUUUCACAGGAAGCAUUCAGUGGCGGCAGAUUCACAGCUGGAGGAAACAUAGUCCAAUAAUCACGAUGUGAGACACUCAGUAUUUUAGGGGUGGCAUUAGAUUCUCUUCAGGCUAAGCGCAGGUGUUGGUUUACACAGGAUGGAGAAGAAGCACUAACUCAGAUUCAAUACUUGUGAAGAACUGGAGAAAAAACAUUUAUUUUUAAUGCAAUUGUAUUAUCAUAAAGCUAUAGUAUUUUGUAGAAAACCUUUAUUGUUUUGCUAAAUGACAAAUAUACUUAAAAUUCCUUUCAUUGCCAAUUAAUCAUUCACCUUUGGCAGUAAUAAUCAAGAAUUUUUUUCCAGGAUUUGGGGAAUGGGUUAAAUUGUUUUCAUCCUAUGAAAAGACCAAAUGAUCACAUCCGUCUUCCUUGUGAAGAUAUUAAACAAGUAAUAUUUAAGACAUGUUCCUUUGAAAGAUUUUGAACCUGAUGCAAUGCCAGGCUGCUCAACACUCUGAUAACUUUUAGUUCAGCGGGAUAUAUAAUUAGGAAUUACGGAAUUCUGAUCACUAAAGUUACUAUGCUGGGUUUGGGAUUUGGAUGUGAUUUUUGGUUUCAUUGUGCUUUGGUAUGAUUAUUCUCAAACCUCCUAACUGUGCUCAUUAACACAUUGAAAUAUUUAUACAGUUUUUCACAUGGAAAACUAUUCAUCAUUUUCUUCACAAAAUUUAAUAAAAUGUAACAUGUUCAUUAUAAA